UGGACGUUUUAAACGACCUCAGUGAAGGGGGAGCUUUCUGGGUUUGGGGCUGUAAUUCAGUUAAUGUUUGAGGAGAUGGAUUGUGUUUCCCUCCAUCAAACACAGGAAGGCACUUCCAGAGAAAAUCUCUCCAACGCUUCAAAUUUUCCCAAGCUUCAAGUUGAGUUCAUGUUGCUCCAGAAAUAUUUGGAUUGACUGUGAGAGACGUCAGAGAGCAGAUGGUGGCUCAGUGAUGGAGACGUCAACCACAGAGCACUCAGCCCGUUCACUCCUCUUCCUCUUCCAGAGCUAGUUCACUUCCCAUGGAGACUGAAAACGAAGCAAGGAGAUGACAGAUGAUGACACCUAAGAAUGUAGUGUACAGAUAUUGCAAAGAGAUCCUGACCGUCACCUAACUGUGCAACUGUGGGAAGAUAUCCAGUCCCAUCACAGCAUUGCUCACCACAGAAAAGGCUGGGGAGUGAAACCAUCAUCUGGAAAUCAGUCGGGUCAGGGGAGUUUUGACAAUUCACCAGGUCUGUAACUGGUCAGUAGUGUGGAGCCUUCCAUCAGAACCAGCUUUUCCAAGCGUUUGGCUAUUGAUGAUUGGUCACAAUGAGCCUGGGAAGAAGUAUGAGCGGACUUCAAGUCUGAUGAAUGUUUAAGCAUUCAUCGAGCCUCAUGAACCAUUGACUCAUUUCUACAGUUAAGAGGCUGUUCUAGUGUAAGGAGGGCUGCAUGAGAUCUAUAAUGUUGAUUGCAUCUGUUCAACAACCACAUGGAAGUGAAACAGUUCAAGUGUGAGGUGUGUGACCAAACCUUCACAAGAUCAUCAGCCCUUGUGAAACACCGACGGAUUCACACAGGGGACAAACCUUUCACAUGUAAGGUGUGCAACAAAUCAUUUUCACAGUUAACAAAUCUCCACAGACAUCAACAGAUUCACACAGGAGAGAAACCAUUCAUAUGCAGGGUGUGCAACAAAUCAUUUUCACAGUUAACAAACCUCCACACCCACCAACGUGUUCAUACACAGGAGAAGCCGUUCAUGUGUGAAGUGUGUGACAAAGCUUUUAAACGGUUAUCAAACCUCCUACUCCAUCAGACAACACACACAGGGGAGAAGCCCUUUAAGUGUGAUAUUUGCAAUAAAGCUUUUGCAACAUCUACAAGGCUUCUGAAGCACCAGAUCGUUCACACUGGUGAGAAACCCUUCAGGUGUGAAGUGUGCAACCGAGCCUUCACACAGUCAUCGACACUUGUGAAACACCGACGCAUUCACACCGGGGAAAAGCCUUUCAAUUGUAAAGUCUGUGAUAAAUCCUUCACUCAGUUAUCUACCCUCCAGGACCACCAACACAUUCACACAGGCGAGAAACCAUUCACAUGUAAGGUGUGCAACAAAUCAUUUGCAUGGUCAACGCAUCUCAGAGUACAUCGACGCAUUCACACAGGGGAGAAACCAUUCUCGUGUGAGGUAUGCGACAAAUCAUUCUCUUGGUCCAAUGCGCUCCUUGAACAUCUGCGCAUUCACACGGGGGAGAAACCAUUCACAUGUGAGGUGUGUGACAAAUCAUUCUCACAGUCAUCUAACCUCCGUGCACACCAGCGCAUUCACACAGGGGAGAAACCAUUUACAUGUAAAGUGUGUGACAAAUCCUUUGCACAGUUAGCAAGCCUCCUGCGCCAUCAGACAGUCCACACUGACUAGAAAUCCUUCAGAUGUGAUGUAGGCUCUGCAGAACCAUCAUACCUGGUGAAACACCAGUGCAUUUAGACUGGUGAGGAACCAUUGUGUGAGGUGUCUGACUCAUCAUUCAGAGUCAUCAAGCCUCCAGCAGGCACCAGCCUGUUUGCACAGAAGUAAACACUCAUGAGCGAGCUGUGCCCAAAUCAUUGUCACUGUUAAAAAACCUGCAAGUAGGCCAACUCAUUCAAACAGGAGGCACAGUGAGCAGAAAAUCAUUCCAACAGUCAUUAAAACUCUUGCUCUAUCAGCAGUGUAACUCUUCAAGUAUUCUCAGACUUGUGUUGAAGCUUUUGUCAUACCAUCGACCCUCCUGGGACUAUUGAGGAUUCACACAACAAAGACAGACUGUUAGAUAACAAAGUGUAGAGCUGGAUGAACACAGCAGGCCAAGCAACAUCAGAGGAGCAGGAAGGCUGACAUUUCGGGCCUAGACCCUGACCUAUCUCCUCCAUAACUCCCCACCUACACUCACCUUUACUGGCUCCAUCCCCGCUUCUUUGACCUGUCUGGCUCCUCUUCACCUCUCUUCUCCUGUAUCCAUCUUCAGUCCGCCUCCCCCUCUCUCCCUAUUUAUUUCAGAUUCCUCUCCCCAUCCCCCUUUUCUGAUGAAGGGUCUAGGCCUGAAACGUCAGGUUUUUUGCUCCUAAGAUGCUGCUUGGCCUGCUGUGUUCAUCCAGCCCCACACUUUGUUAUACUGGACUCUCCAGCAUCUGCAGUUCCCAUUAUCUCUCCUCUUCAGGUGAGAUGUGUUUUAACUAAUACAAUGGAGAAUGUUUGUAUCCUCCUCUCUGGGAGGAUUAGUAUGGUGAGGGAGGAGGGUGAGAGUCACACAGACCUUCGUUCCCUCAGCCUCGCUGUAAUAACAGCGUGAUACACUCAGUUACACUACUCCAAGAUUCAUUUCAUGACCUGGGAAAGAUCUUGAUUCAUUUUCAAAUGCUUUGUUAUUUUGUUUGAUUGACAGUUUGCCUUAAGUUAAGUAGUGUUACGUUUGUCUGCUGGACUUUCAAUCUUCUGUAAAAUAUUACAAAACAAAACCAAUAAAUUCACUUUCUAGUUUCACUUAAACUA